GACAUGUUGCUCCUCUUAGUUGUGCUGGUUUUAGUAGCUUCCGUCCAGCCUAAUGAAGAUGAUAAAGGGUAUAAUGCCUUACACUUUGGUACUAGCAACAGUGACUAUGUGACAUUUAGGUUUGAUAUAUCCCCGUUCCGCAACUCGUUCUCUACGUGCAUGUGGAUAAAGCGUAUCUACACCUCCUCCUCCUACCCAAUGGUAGCAGACUACUAUAGCUCUGGUGGAAAUGAUCUUAUUAUAACAGCUAAUGGGGCCCAGACGUGUGUAGUACAUGAUGGUGGUCUGAGUAGCGCAUCAAGUAAGUUUGCCACACCCACCGGUAAGUGGUUUAAUCUCUGCCUGACCUGGUCUCUAUCUUCAACAACAAGUAACCUGUAUCUGGAUGGUGAACUCGUGGCAACAGACCAGACAGCAUCAGGGAAAUCACUUACCGCGGGUGGACAGUUGUGGUUUGGCAGAGCCUCUAGUACUUGGACUAAUAGUGCUAGUAGAGUAUUUGGUGGUGAGUUGUACCAGUAUAAUAUGUUUGCCGAGGUGUUGAGUGCUGCUACAAUUAGGAAGAUAGCUGAUGGUGGGUUGUGUUUUGACUUGGAUGGACUUUCUGAGACGAGAGUGUUACGGUGGGUGGACAUUAUGAAGAAGUCUAGGAGUGGGUCUGUGACGGAUACUGAUACAGGGUGUAAAAAAACAUUGAAUAAUACGCGUGAGUCACAAGCGAAUCUGAACGAAACAGAGACAGAGCUGCGGAUGAUAAAGGAGCAGUUUGAAACUCUCACUGGACAGUAUGAAACUGUUACUGGACAGUUGAACAGGACUGAGGAUAAACUUGAAACUGAAACUGGCCGAUUUAACGAGUCACAGGCUGAACUAGACACUGUCAGAGGUCGACUGGGAGCUGAAACUGCUGAGCUUAACCAAACAGUAGAGGAACUGGAAACUUGUUCUGUUAAUCUUAACAAGACAAAGUCCCAGCUAGACGGUGCCAGAAAGUUUGAGAAUAUCACUCGGUGGGAUGUGUUGUUUACAGCGCCGUAUUACAACAAGGUAUUCUCAGAUGAUCUGUACGAAGAGCUGACUACAGGCUGGGACAUGUUAAGGAAAUUGGUUGGCGUUAACAUGACUGAUGGGGUAGUCAACCACUUUCGGGAGUACCACUCGGAAUCUAUGUGCGGCGUCUUCGACCAUUUCUCAUCCUUUUUGGAAAUACUCAGCCAGUUUAUCGGAGUUGAAAUGACAAAGGGGAUUGUGGAACACUUUAGAGAAUCCUACAACGGCGCAGAAUGUGACAACAACACAAAGAGUUAA